AUGCUCACCCAAGCGGUGGCCGACCCCAGCCAUCCUCAGGCUAUGCUCGCCCAAGCGGCGGCCGACCCCAACCAUCCUCAGGCUAUGCUCGCCCAAGCGGCGGCCGACCCCAAUCAUCCUCAGGCUAUGCUCGCCCAAGCGGCGGCCGACCCCAACCAUCCUCAGGCUAUGCUCGCCCAAGCGGCGGCCGACCCCAACCAUCCUCAGGCUAUGCUCGCCCAAGCGGUGGCCGACCCCAACCAUCCUCAGGCUAUGCUCGCCCAAGCGGCGGCCGACCCCAACCAUCCUCAGGCUAUGCUCGCCCAAGCGGUGGCCGACCCCAACCAUCCUCAGGCUAUGCUCACCCAAGCGGUGGCCGACCCCAACCAUCCUCAGGCUAUGCUCGCCCAAGCGGUGGCCGACCCCAACCAUCCUCAGGCUAUGCUCGCCCAAGCGGCGGCCGACCCCAACCAUCCUCAGGCUAUGCUCGCCCAAGCGGCAGCCGACCCCAACCGCCACAUCAUCAACAUUAAGAUUCUGGACGAAAUGAAUUCUGUUUUGACUCCAUAA